AUGGCUAGUAAACACCAAGCUGCCAUUCUUCCACAAAAAGGCGGCCCCCUGUCCGUCGGAGAACGCACGACGCCCGAGCCCGGUCCCAACGAAGUUCUCAUCCAAGUCAAGGCCGUGGCCCUGAAUCCCGUCGAUUACUACCAGCGCGACUUCGGCAUACCGCCCGUACCUGUGUACCCCGCCGUCCUUGGAUGCGACACGUCGGGAAUCGUCGCCAAGCUGGGCUCCCAAGUCUCCGGCCUGGCGCUCGGAAGCCGAGUCAUCGCACUGGCGUCGUCCUUCUUCCAACACGGCUCGCCGGACUACGGCGCCUUCCAACAAUAUGUCUUGGCCCAGGCUGAUGGCGUUAUCCCACUGCCGGACAACCUGUCGUUUGAAGAGGGCGCUGUCUUUCCCUUGGCUGUCAUGACGGCAUUGACCGCCUGGACGACAGUGGGCGUUCCGCUCGACACCAAGUACAGCCCGCAGGACAGACAGGCCGUGCUGAUUUGGGGCGGCGCCAGCAGUGUCGGCUCGUUUGCCAUCCAAUCCGCAAAGUCGCUGGGGUUCACUGUCUACGCGACCGCCAGCCCGAAACACCACGACUACCUCAAGACGUUGGGAGCACACGCCGUCUUCGACUACAGGGCGCCCGAUGUCGUGUCUCAGAUUGUGGACGCGGUGAAGAAGGAUGGCGUCGACCUGCACAUCGCACAUUGUGUCGUCAAUGAAGCCCUGCAGCCCACACUGGACGUGCUCAAGGAAACAAAGGGCAAUGGAGUCGCCAAGGUGGCCCAUUCGCCUAUUCUGCCGCCCGACCACCCGACGCUCGACAACACCGAGAUCACGUUCAAUUAUCCCCCAAUGGAUCCGGCGAAGAGGGAUGAACACAUAUCCCAGUGUUUUCAUGGAUGGCUGCAGGGCGGCCUGAAGUCGGGUUCUAUUGUGCCCAGCCCGGGCAUUCAGAUCGAGGCCGGCGGUCUGGAGGGGUUGAAUCCGGCGCUGGAUAAGCUAAGGGCCGGUGUCAGUGGGAUCAAGAUUGUCGUCCCAAUCUGA